AUGCCAAAAAUAAUUAACAUAAACGAACUAGUAGCUUUAGCCAAAUCAUUAAAAUUCGGAGAUAAUGGAGAAAUAGAAGAAGAUACACAAUUAAAAAUGACUAUUAAGGAAGUAAAACUUAUCAUUCCUAAAUCUAAUGAAGAUGAAAGAGGGUUUAAACAUUUAGAGGUAAGAGGUAGUAGUGACAAUCACAAUGAUGCGUUUUAUUAUCUUAUCAGUAAACUUGGGGAAGAGACAGAGAUUCCACUUAAAACUAUAGUCAGCGAUAAAGGAGAGUUCUUUUUGGGGGUCAACAAUAGUGAUGAAGCAAUAGUUGAUGAAUUUUCUAAACAACGGUUAGACAAAUUGCCGAUUGACUUAUAUCCAGGUAAAGAAGGAAAAGGUGUAUUUGUGGGAACUACUACUUGGGAAACUUUUUUGGAUGAUAAGGGUUCAACCUUGGAAUUCAUGAAAAAAUGGCUACAAACAAAUAAUUCCAGUGAACUAGAAAAACUUAAUGACUUUUCUCAGAUAGAGCCUUCCUCAAAUGUAAAUAAUGAAAUAGCAAGGUAUAUUUACUUCGCUAAUGGAAUUGCUAAAGGAGAAAAAUUAGAGGAUAAAGUAAGAAGGAAAAAAAUGUUUCAAGCUAAUAAUCAAGAGGAAGCAAAACAAGAAUGGAACAAAGUUUGGCAAAAAGUAAUGCGGUGA